ACACACAGGCAACAGCUCAGCCGUAGAAUUUGCAAACUUAAAUGUGUGCUAGGGUAAAAGUCGGUCUGCGUCUACAACUCUGAAGAACUUUCAUACUCAACGUUUUGCAUUUUUUUAAUUUAAAAGUCCACUCAAAUAUAUAAAAAUCUGAUAUAUAAGCUCCACCAGACACGUAAAAGAAAAUCCGAGAAAACCAAACUUCAGUGUUUGACGUCCUUCAGCGGAAAAGUUAUUGAGUGUGUGUGUGUGUGAGAAAGUGAGAGAGUAAUGGCGAAAUUUCAUAGAGCUUCUUUAUUGUUAGCACUGUGUGUUACAGUGAUAAUAUCACCAUAUAUGCCACUAUCACAGUGUUUUUAUCUUCCACCAAAGCCUGUACCACCCAUGAAACCACUAUUACAGUGUGCGAAUCUUCCAUUUAAGCCUGGACCACCCAUGAAACCACUAUCACAGAGUGCGAAUCUUCCACCCAUAAAACGACCUGAGAUCUUGUCGAGAAACAUGCAGACUUGGAAAAAUUUAUUUAAUGAAAUUGCGGAGAAUGUUUGUGAUCCAAAGCAAGAGAUCUGGAAAAAUCAAAUUAUUAAAAUUGCGGAGAAUAUUUGUAAUCCAAUGCAGGAGCGUGUUGAACAAGACUCUGAAAGAUCAUGUAGUUUGAAAUGCGAAACUUGUCGACAGGUGUUGCUCCGUUCUGAUAUUACUGAUGCUGUAGGAUACCUUUAUGACAAAGAGCCAGACUUUCGUUCUUUCCAAAAGCGUAUUUGUAAGGAUGUCGAAACGCCAUCUCCUAAGGUGACUACUUUGACUGACGUUUACAAGUAAAUUUUGAGAUGUUGG